AUGCUUACUGCUUGGGUAAGUGGCGCCGUUGUGUUUCCCGGCCUGUUCUAUGGGCUAGGGAAAAUACUCAAGUUCGCUUUCAGACACUGGGACGACGCAGAAGUAGUGACCGUCAGCGAAAGGCUCGUUUCUGCUAUCCAUGCCACCAUUUGUACUGCAAGUGGAAUUACAAUUGUGUCAUCUUGCAAGAAUGUCAUGACUGACAGUCAUUGGCUGGUCAAUGAGUAUAUGUUAUUUGGCUCUUCUUAUAUGGCCACUGACCUUGUUGCCAUGUACCUGAGUCACUACCAUAUUCAGAGGCGCCAAAGUCAGAACAGCAUAUACAACAGCCACAAUCAGCAAACGAUGAAGGCUUUCUUCUCCAAGGACUGGUUGCUCAUCCUCCAUCAUUUGACCCUCGUUUUGGUUUUCAUGCCCAUCGCUAUGUUUCUCCGAAGAGGACUGGGCGAUUUUUUCCUCGGGUGCUUUUUCAUCGCAGAAUUCAGCACACCUUUUCUCUGUAUGGCAAAGAUCCUCAUUCAGCUGGGAGUAGACAACACCAGGCUGCACAUAAUCAACGGCAUAUUGCUCCUCUUGACGUUCUUCAUGUGUCGAAUCUUGAUCUUCCCCUUCAUGUACUGGAUGUAUGGUCGGCAGAUCAACAUGCCGCUGCACAAAGUGCCCUUCAGUUUGCCUUGGCACUGCAACGUGGGCAACCUGACUGUCCUCGCGCCACAGCUCUACUGGUUUUACCUCCUGCUGAAGAAAGCCAAGAGACUGUACAAUAAACAUAGAAAGGUUAAUUAA